AUGAAGGGUUUGGGGUCCGUACAGGUACGUACCUGGUUGUGGGCCUUUCUCGCUCUGCCCGCCAACCGAAUUCGCCGGACUGCCCACUUGCUGGCCCGUGCUGAUUGGGUCACAGGAUCGGUACCUGAACGGAUGGCCGGGGUUUCCCUCGUUUCUAUUUGCAGUCAAGGUACGGGGUACGUACCUCUCCCUCAGUGGGGCACCCCUUCUCCUUCCCCAGAAAAGCGGCUAUUCGAGGUUUUCCAGUUGGCCUUGACCACUUCUAGCUUUCUUUCUCUCCGUCGUAUCGUCAAUGUCGCCAUCCAAUUUAUGGCUGAGCAAAACCUUUGA